AUGGAGGGCCAGCUAGCUCAGGCUACGGCUCCCCCGCAGCAGCCUGAAGGGCAGGCAGUCCAGUAUGCGAUACCGGCUGGCUACCAGGCAGUGGCCGUCCCGGCCAUGGAUCCUGCCCAGUACACUGCUUGGCUGCAAGCGCUACAAGCGCAGCAGGUGGUGGCACAGCAGAUGUACAUGCAGCAAAUUGCAGGUGCCUCAGGUGCCGCCGGCUUGUAUGCUGCUGUGCCAACCGUCCCUGGUGUAGCUCUUCCAGCAGCUGCGGCCUCGACAGCACCGGUGUCUUCGGAAGCUGACGGUCCGGCCUACAGUGGCCAGAUUGUGGACUACAACGAAGACAAGGGUUUCGGCUUCAUAGAGUGCAAAGACACCCAACAAAUCUACGGCAAAGACAUCUUCCUUCUGCGAAGCUCUCUGAACGGGCUGAUUGUCAGUACCGGAGAUAGAGUGAGCUUUAAGGUGGAGACUGGCAUCAAAGGCCCGAAAGCUGUUGAGGUGGAAAUCAUAGAGAGGAUAGCUGACAUGGCAGAGCGCUUGCCCACAUAUUGGGGCAGGGUCAAGAACUUUGACGCUGCCAGAGGUCUUGGUUUUAUUGAUUGUGAGGAGACCAAAGAGGUCUAUGAGAAGGACAUCUUGGUCCUCCGAAGUCAGCUGGGUGACCACUCGAAUGACACUGUUGUGUCGUUCAACAUCGUAGAGGAUGCCCGGGGUGUCAAGGCGGCCAAUGUGAAGAUUCACCCGGAUGGCUUCCCACCCGGCAAGGAGCCAAAGCGGAAAGGCAAGGGCAAAGGCUUCAAGGGCCUGGAGAUGGGCUUCGAAAAGGGUGGGAAGGAUGCAAAAGGCUUUGGCAAGGGGAAAGGCAUCGAUUUCGACCAGCUGUGGCAGGCCAUGGAGAUGCUGGGUGAGAUGUGGAAUGGGGGCUGGGGAGGCUGGGAUGAUGGCUGGUACGGCCCCUCCAAGUCCAAAGGCAAGGGCAAGUCUCAACCCUACUAG